ACGCCCUUAGGUACAGGGGCCAACGACAGGUAUCGGUUCGGACUACGAUCGAGAGUCAUGUGUAUGUUAACUUAGUGUAGGGAAUAAUACUCAGGGACCUGAAAAUACAUCCGUGUAAUUCCUUGCAGUAACCACAUAAAAAAGCAAUACUCGUUAAAACAUUUCUUAUCGUUAUUUAAACAUAAAAUAAGCGACAUUUUUCUCAAUUCGCUGAAUAUACAUUUUUUAUUAUUACUACAGGCGAUUCUUUUAAUUAAAACGUCGGAAGGAUGACAGAUCAAAGCAGGAUUCUAAUAAAAGGAGGGAAAGUUGUAAACGAGGAUUGCUCAGUAAUCAGCGACGUCUACAUUGAAGAUGGGCUAAUUAAAGACAUCGGAUUAAACCUUCAGGUUCCUGCCGGGGUGAGAGUAAUUGAUGCAACGGAUAAGCUUGUCAUGCCGGGCGGUAUCGACACCCACACGCACAUGGAGCUGGAAUUCAUGAGCAGUAAAACCGCGGACGAUUUUUACACUGGAACCAAGGCUGCCCUGGCUGGUGGUACGACCAUGAUCAUGGACUUUGUCAUCCCCAGCAAGGGCGCCUCUCUGCUCCAAGCCUAUGAAAACUGGAGGUCCAGUGCAGACUCCAAAGUCUGCUGCGACUAUUCCCUGCACGUGGCCGUGACCUGGUGGGCGGACACGGUGAAAAGAGAAAUGGAGUCUCUGGUUCGAGAAAAAGGCAUCAAUUCCUUCAAGAUGUUCAUGGCCUACAAAGACGUCUACAUGAUCCAGGACCACGAGUUGUAUGCUGCCUUCUCUGCCUGCAGAGAUCUCGGCGCCAUUGCUCAGAUUCACGCAGAGCACGGAGAUUUGAUAGCAGAGGGGGCAAAGAGGAUGCUCUCCCUGGGCAUCACGGGGCCCGAGGGCCAUGAAAUGUGCCGUCCCGAGGAGGUGGAGGCCGAGGCCACGCAGCGGGCAGCUACUAUCGCUCACGCCACCAACUGCCCACUGUAUGUGGUGCACGUCAUGAGCAAGUCCGCCGCGAAGGUGGUGCGCCACGCACGGCAGCAAGGUUGGGUCGUGUUUGGAGAGCCCAUAGCGGCCGGGCUGGGCACAGACGGCACACACUACUGGCACCAAGAUUGGGCUCACGCGGCGGGCUUCGUCAUGGGCCCACCCCUGAGACCGGAUCCCAGCACCCCCGGGUACCUUAUGGAUCUGCUGGCCAAUGACGACCUCAGCGUCACCGGCACCGAUAACUGCACCUUCUCCAUCUGCCAGAAGGCACUGGGCAAGGAUGACUUCACCAAGAUUCCCAACGGUGUCAACGGUGUGGAAGACCGGAUGUCGGUCAUCUGGGAAAAGGGCGUGCAUAGCGGAAAGAUGGACGAAAACCGAUUUGUGGCAGUUACUAGCAGCAACGCAGCAAAAAUAUUCAACAUUUACCCCCGCAAAGGAAGGAUCGACAGAGGUUCAGAUGCAGAUGUGGUAAUUUGGGACCCAAAGAGAAUGAGCAGAGGGAGCUCUCCCCUUGAGUGUACUUACUCAUGGGCGUACUGUGCGGCUGGACAGUAUGACGCAGAAGUGGGAUAUGCAUGAAAAGCAUUAGUACAUUUUAAGGAUGGUGGACCUCUACACUGCGCACUGCUGCUUCACGUAGGUCUUAUGUCACACUUCCUACGACAAUAAGGACAAAUUGCACAUAGAGCAAACCAGACUGGCGGUCUUAGCAAGAUUUAGACUAAAAAUAUGCCUGAUAGCCGUAUAAGCACUUUUAACAAACCGUGCUCAUAAUAAUGUGAAAAGUCACUUAUGCAGUGUCUGAAUGCGCGUGCAUGCGCGUGGUUAGUGCCCCGCACGUACGGCCACGAGGUGCAGUGAUCCUUCUGCUGAUCGUCCCAGCUUCACUUCACCGUUUUCCUGUCUUUAUCCGUCAAACACACCGAGGCAGUGAGUGUAUCUUCCCCGAAACGCUCACACUGCGGCAGUGCGGAUGCAGCAAGCCUCCUAUGCGGUGUCCAUCUGAAUUAAACCUUUCGUGACGCUAUGAAAUUUACAAAAUAUUAAAAUUACAUUAACCAUCUACAUUUAUUCUUGUAACAAACGUAUUGAAAAUGACGGAACAGUAGCGUCAGCUUCCUUAUUGCAUUUUAUCCUACUCUGAACAUACGGAAAUCAGUUAGCGUUUUUUAUUAUUAUAUAAGUCGCUUAUAACAGAAGUAUGACCAAUACCUUAUUGAUAUAUUUCUUUAACGUGUUACAUUUUUAUGGAGACUACGCUCAUUGUACUUCGCCUUUUCAUUUUCUUAACAGCGUGGUACAGAUAGUAACUUUAAUGAUAUUACGCUGCUAGUUAAAGCAUCAUCCCCAAGAUAUUCUGUCGUUUAAUGAUGCACAAACUUGCUCAGUCUGGUGUAUCUAAAGGUCCGAACGGAGGAUUAUUGCUCCCGUGUUCCGGAGCCGGGUACCAUCCAGGCAGCGUCCGUCCCGACCGGCGCGGCUGUGCCGCUUGUAUCAUGCAGGGCUUAGCGAGGCCCUUUGUGACAGUAACCGCCUUACCUUUACAGUAUAGCGCAUUUAGACUGAGUCAUCCUCUGACCACCAGUUAUAACACUUAAUGGAUAUGCACUGUGAAAUUUCCCCAUGAAACUUGCAGACUUUACUCUGUUGGUGUUACUGUGAACUGGUGCUGAGGGUGAGAUUAAAUAUUUAAACUUAGCAAAAAAAACAAACAAAAAACGAAUCUUUCUCGCUGUCCAUGGUGUAAUACUUUUGAGUUGACUUAUGUAAACGAUAUGUAAAUUACAUAUAGCAGUUAAUAUUGUUCAGUCUCUUUUUCGAAAGGUGGAGAAUGAAUCUUGCAUUGCAUAGUGUUGAGACUUGCAAUGCCACCAAGUGCAGAAAUUGAUUAAGGUGUAGCUUUAAAUUAACUGGCUGCCUUUAGCUACUGUCAUCCACUGGCAAGAUAUUGAGCCGCACUGAAUAAUCCAUAAUGUGGGAUGGCUAGAAAUGGCAAAGAACAGCAGUUCAUUUUUAAGGCUGUGUAAGUAGAUCAAGAAGUACAGUGCGGUAUUUUUCCGGCACUCAGUGUUUGAAGUAAUUGCAUCUCAGAGGAAAUUUCUCCCUCGUUUCCCUGUGACAUUUUUCAGAUAUUUUGUGUCAUGCUUCGAAAAUGCGCACACUCACACACAGCCAUUGCACCGGGACUCAUUUAUUUUGAUUCAGGACUGUCCUUCUUGCGUAAUGGCCGUGUUUCUGCAGCAGUGUGAGCUUUCCUGACGCAUAAAACUUACGGGAAGGCCCCGAUGGACGCCGCGUCCUUGUUGUAGUAAGCAGUAUCUGCUCCUUAAGGAAUUUAGAAGCAUCAUUUCAAAGUGAAAAAUAAUCUUCAGCAAUAUAAAAGUGACGCGUGUGACCAGUAUAGUAAAAAUGUGUGUACUUUUCGAUACACCAUUUAAUAGUGCUGCAGGGUUAACCAACUCUCACGCAUCUGGUGUGACACUCACUCUCACACAACAAAUCUUACGGCAAAUCAGAAUUAUUCCAUUAUAAACCUAAAAUAACCCACAUCAAAAGCUUUGGGGCAGUUUGUAAACCCGACAGACUAGUUGGCAACCCUGUCGCCGAUUGUUCGUGCAGGACUUGCAACUGCAGUAGUGCUGCGCCUAAAAUCACAAGGUUCCUCUGUAGGUUCCGCUCUGAAUUCACCUGUUACCGCAUAAAUUACCGCAUUUAUCAGCUUGUCCCCCACACUGGCAGGACAAUUUCAGCUAAGACUCAUCACCAGGCGGUGGACUACAACAUCUUCGAGGGGAUGGUGUGCCAUGGUGUUGCCGUGGUGACCGUAUCCAGGGGAAAGGUGGUGUAUGAGCACGGUGCCUUGCACGUCACACCUGGGGCA